CCCCGUUGCACCGCACUCUGAAGUCGAGGCAUCUUCAGAUGAUUGCCAUCGGAGGUGCGUCUUGCUUUUCUGCUUUGGUUGUUCUUCUACGCCUGAUCAACUAGUUAAUGUUAUGUUUGGAACAGGCAUCAUUGGCCCUGGUUUACUUGUUGGAUCCGGAAAUGCCCUACACGUUGCUGGGCCUGCCGGCAUUCUCAUCAGCUUCACACUCGUUGGAAUCCUUGUUUUCUUCGUAAUGCAAUCUUUGGGCGAAAUGGCUACUCUUAUCCCUGUGUCGGGAUCGUUUACAGAAUAUUCAGCUCGUUUUGUUGAUCCGUCGCUGGCUUUUGGUCUUGGUUGGGCUUAUUGGUAUUUAUGGGUUACCGUUAGUUUCCGUUCAUCCCCACUACCCGUUUCCUUAUAUUUGAUUCAUAUUCAUGAUAACUGACGAUUCUCAGGUCCUUUCUAACGAAUACAAUGCAUUAGCUCUUGUUAUGGGCUACUGGACAGAUGUUGUACCGCAAUGGGCAUGGAUUCUUAUGUUUUGGGUCAUCUUCUUAACGCUGUCAAAUCUUGGAGUUCUAACGUAUGGCGAGGUUGAGUUCUGGCUUGCCUUGUAAGUAUUUACAACCUUGACCUUUUUUUCUGUAUGGUAGCUAAUCAUAACUUGUGUAUAGGAUCAAAGUCAUCUCCCUCACGGUAUUCUUUAUCCUUGCAACAGUUAUCAGUGCCGGUGGUAUUGGCGGCAAAACAAUCGGGUUCAAGUAUUGGAGCAAUCCUGGCGCUUUUGCCGAUUCUAUCAACGGAGUAGCAAAGACAUUUGUGAUCGCAGGCACACUCUAUGCUGGGACUGAAAUGUAUGAUACACCGCCAACCUUAUCGCCCGGUUGAGUCUCUCGUCUUACACAGUCUAGGGUUGGUAUUACUGCUGGUGAAUCGGCGAACCCCCGAACCGCCGUUCCAACCGCUAUCCGCCAGGUCUUUUGGCGUAUCUUGAUCUUCUACGUCGGUGUGUACUCCUUCAAUAACGCCUCUCCUAUAUCGUCUACAAAGCUAACAUAACGUUAGGGAUGAUGUUCUUCAUUGGUAUCCUACUACCAUAUGACGACAAGCGCCUCCUGUCCUCUGGCUCCAAGACAGCGCAGUCACCUCUCACCAUUGCACUCUCCGAUGCCGGUAUUCUUCCAGCAGCUCAUCUGAUCAAUGGUUUGAUCGUUAUAUCUGUGAUCUCUGCUGGUAACAGUUCCCUGUAUGUUGCAUCUCGCACGAUACUGUACAUGGGACGAUCCGGCAAGGCGCCGGCUAUCCUAGGUCGAACAAACAAAGCCGGUGUUCCCUGGGUUGCUUUGCUGUUUACCAAUCUGGUUGCUUGCAUUUCCUUCCUUUCCUUGUCUUCCAGUGCCGGAAAGUUAUAUUCCGCACUUAUUACUUUGUCAGGAGGUACGAAUCCACAAAGAACCCCAGUUAAUCCUGCAUUUACUGACAAGUUUUCUCCAAGUGUGUACAUUCAUCGUUUGGGCUGUCAUAGCCGUAACCCACAUUCAUUUCCGACAGGCCCUCUCCAUCCAAGGCGAAGAUACCUCUGUGCUACCAUUCCAAGCUAUGUUCUACCCUUGGGGAACAUAUAUUGCCCUCGCAGCAAACAUAUUUUUGAUUUUCUUCCAGGGAUACACCGCUUUCCUCCACCCAUUUAGCGCUGAAGAUUUCGUUGUCAACUACAUCCUCCUUCCCGUGUUCGCUGUUCUUGUUCUUGCCUGGAAAUUCGCUAAACAGACUAAGAUCGUUAAACUAGAAGAGAUGGAUAUAUGGAGUGGAAGAAGGGAGUACGGAGAUGAUAUUACAGAAGAUGUCUCCAAGAAGACCGUUUGGACCAAGAUUAAGGAUAUCAUUGUUGGUUAAUCCCCCCGAUAAUCCUUCUAUCCCUUACGAUAUGAUGCAUAUAGAAGUACUCGUAUUAGUGAUCAAAUAUAUAUA